AUGUUAGCAAUAUUGUUAUGUACGUAAGUUUACUAUCUUUAAUUUUAGUUAUUAUUUUAGUGAGCUCUAACUCUGCUAUGAAUUUGAGUAAGAGGGAAACUCAAAAAUAUUAAUAAUAGAUGAAUCGUAUUGAAAAACGAUAAAUUGGAUCUUUGAUUAUUUCUAUGCUUUAAUUAGAUAAGCCAUAGAUAAAUUAAUUGAUUGAAUAAUCAAUAGAGGAUUUUGAGUUAGAAUAUUCAACUUUGCAAGAUUAUCACAUUAACAGGAAGACUUAAAUUUAUUAAUCUAUGCAGUAAUUGAAAGCACAACUGUUAGAUUUAGAUUUAUUAUAAUCAUCUUUUAUUGAUGGACCUUAAGAGAAAGAAAGAGAGUUCCAUGAAUAGAAAAUAAUUAGACUUAAUUAAUUGAUUAGUCAAAAUUACAAAACAAUUGAUUAAAAAGAAGUCUAAUUAAUUAAUAUGUAAAACAGGUAAAUGUAUAAGUACUAAUAGAUAUAGUUUAAGUUCUUUAAUAGAUGAAUAUGAUAUAAAUAUAAAUUAUAUUGAUCAAAUAAUUCAAACAAUAGAUUCUAUUUUAUAUGAUGAGUAGAAGGUUGGUAUGAAAUUUUUCUAAAAGAGAGGGAGGGUUAAUGAAAUAUUAGAUUAUUUUGGAAAAUCCACAAUAAAAAAUGUUAAAUUGGAUUUACCAAUGAUAAAAUAAAUAAUUCAAAUAGGAAUAAAAAAUAAUUUUGUAGAUCAAUAAACAUAUAAAUAAGUAAUAAUAGUAAAAUGACAAUAGAUUUAAGAACAUUUAAUUUAAUUAAGAAAUAAGUUGGUAAGUGAAUUAAAUAAUCUAAAUACUGAUAAGAUUGAUUAGCUUGAAUUAAAUAUUAAUGAUUUGAAGAAUGAAACUAUGAAAUUAAAGAGUUAAUUACUAGAAUCAACAUAGAAAUUAUAAAUAGAAAAUAGAGAUAUAAGUUCUAUAACAGAAUCUAAGAAGAGAAUUGAGGCAGAAUUAAUAAUACUUAAUGAAGAUUUAAGAUUGGAGAAUGAAUUAUUUAAUAAGAAAGAAGCAUAUUUGAUUGAAGAAGUGAAUGAAUUGAUAGAGAUAGAACAACUUUUAAAAAAUAGAGAAUUGAUUUAAUACAUUCAAGAAUAAUAAUGA